AUGGGAAAACAUGAAGAAUUUAGUCUUGCAUUUGCUGGUAUAACUGUUCAUGAUAUGUUCAAUUGGUUAAAAGUACUUAUUUUAUUAUCAAUUGAAAUAAUUUCGAAUAUGAUAUAUCAUUUAACUAAUUCAAUAACAAAAUCAAUAAAUUUUAAAAAAAAUACAAAUUCUAAUUCAGAAUUUCUUACUGUUAUAAGAAAACCAUUAACUGAACGAAUUGUUCAACUUGAUAAUGAAGCAAUUGAAAGUAUAGCAUUGGGUAAUGCUAGUCCAAAUAUAUCUUUACUAAAACGAUAUUGUUCAUUUUAA